AUCAGUUCGCAGCUGCCUUUAGCCAUGAGCUGUUUGGAUGUUAUGUACCAAGUUUAUGGUCCUCCCCAGCCUUACUUUGCAGCAGCCUAUAGUCCUUAUCACCAGAAACUAGCCUUUUACUCGAAAAUGCAGGAAGCCCCCGAAAGCGCCAGCAGUGCCAGCACUAGCAGCGGCAGCAACUCCUUCUCCAGUCAUGCCCCUGCCAGCAUCAAGGAGGAAGACUGCAGCCCCGAGAAGGAGCGCCCCCCCGAGGCCGAGUAUAUCAACUCCCGGUGCGUCUUGUUUACCUACUUCCAAGGGGACAUCAGCUCCGUGGUAGAUGAGCACUUCAGCCGGGCCCUGAGCCAGCCCAGCAGCUACUCGCCCAGCAGUGCCAGCGCCAAGACGUCACGGAGCACCAGCUCUUGGAGGGACGGCUCCUUCCCGAUGAGCCAGCGCAGCUUCCCCGCUUCCUUCUGGAACAGCGCUUACCAGCCCUCCUCGGUCCCGGCCUCCCUGAGCAGCAGCCUGGGCAGCCCCCUGGCCGCCGCCGCCCACAGCGAGCUGCCCUUCGCCGCGGCCGACCCCUACUCGCCGGCCGCGCUGCACGGCCACCUGCACCAGGGCGGGCCGGAGCCCUGGCACCACCCGCACCCGCACCCCUACCUGGGCGCGCAGGGCUCCGCCUACCCCCGCCCCGCCGCCAUGCACGAGGUCUACGGCGCCCACUUCGACCGCUACAGCUCGCUGCUGGUGCCCGCCGCCUCGGUCCGCCCGCACCGCCUACCGCCCGCCGCGCCGCGCCCGCGCCGGCAGCCCCAGUGCGAGCUGGGCAAGAGCGAGCCCGCCAGCGCGGCCUGGGCGGCGCCGGGCCCUUUCCCCAGCCCGGCGGGGGACAUGGCCCAGGGCCUGGGCCUCAAUGUGGACGCAGGUUUGCAGCCUCAGGAUAAAAGCAAGGAUCUGUACUGGUUUUAGACCUGUCCUUCACCUCUUCUUCCCCUGGGCUCUCCCCCAGUAGAUCUCUGCCUAGUAGAAUUGGUGACAUUCAGAGCUGAAAUCAAGUGGGUUUGUAACAGCUUCUGAUCUUGGUUUUCAGCUCGCCGUUAUUCCUUCUGUGGUGGAUCUCUCCUGAGCUGAUCUGCUGACUCAGAGACCCCCCGAGUCCCCUUCCUCUCUUCCUUCAGACAAGCCCACCACAGCUCAGCAUCUAUGCCAGGCAUUUCAAGGACAAGAACACGGGGAAGGCAAUGGGACUUCAUACUACUUGGCAUUUCAAAUACAAUACUUAAGACAUAUUGUGGAGGAUAAAAUUCCUUCUGUUGAAAGAGGAGAGCCAAAGACACUUUUAUUUAAACUAACUCCACACCCAGAACUGUGGUCAGACUGCUUAAAAAAAGUUAAAUUAUGUGGACAGUGAUGUGAAGUCACUGGCCUUCUUAAGGAAGGGCGAGGGAAAGUUGUUGGGUUUUUUUGGUGGUGUGAAUAUUUUUUAUGCCAAUGAGAAUUAUUUCUUGAAAGCAGGUUGGGGAGAUACUCAGUGAUUUUGAACUGGAUUUGUACUUUACAUUAUAGAAAACUGAAAGGAAAGGAAAUUUUAACUCAUGAACACUUUUGGACUGUUAACAAAAUUGGACAGAUCUUUCAGCCUGGGGUUAUGAGUGGCAAAUGGCUAGCUUGGGCCACCUGCCCUAGGCUUACAGAAAUGCAGCUGUUCCAGGGACAACUGUUCAAACUCCAGAAACUUGACAACCAAGGUGGCACUUCUCAGAGUUUGGCACAACAAUUGCAUUGGAGAUAUAUAUAUAUAUAUAUAAUUUUUUUUUUUACAAGGAAUGUUUUAUGAUGAAAGAAGAAACCCUUAAAAAAAUAAAAUCUGACAGCCUUCAUGGGGAACAACUGGAGCACACCAGAAGGAAAGGCACAUUGUGGACAAUUGAUAUCCACUGCCUGUAAUAUUCUCUUUGUCUGUGUGUUGCUGUCAUUCUGUCACUUUAACAGUAAUUUUUUGAGGGUGGGAAUAAGGGAUUUUUUAAACGUAGAAAAGCUAUAUUAAAGAUGUCUCCUUUCACCCAG